CGUCUACUCGAGCGCCGCACGACCGGCUCCCCGCGCGACCGUCUACUCGAGCGCCGCCCGUCAACUGUUUACUCGAGCGCCGCCCGGCAACCGGCUCCUCCAACACUAUACUCCAACGCCUCCAGUGCUCGAGCCGCUGCUCGACCACCAUGUCGUCGGAAAGUGAAGAUGAGAUGGACGAAUGUCAUGGUGAUGCAUUUGGGUGGAAUACGUCUGACAGCGAGUGGAAUACGUCUGACAGAGAAAAUAUAGAGGAAAACAGCGAUUUGAUUGGGCCUCAUGAUUGUGGAACCAUGGAUGGCAUGUUUAGCAAUUUUGGGAAAGAAAAUGAAGCGAUGGAUGAGUACUGGGAAAUUGUCCAGAUGACAUUUGAAAGUGCAGAAGAAUGUUACAGUUUCUAUAAUUCUUACGCUGAAAAGAAAGGGUUCAGCGUCAGGAAGGACAUCGUGAGGCGUGAGAAAAAUGUAGGAGAUAUUUUCUAAAGGAGAUUUGUUUGCUCUAAGGAAGGGUGUCGUGAUCCAGCAAAGAGGGACAUCAAGGAUCGAAAAAGAAGCGAAAGAGCUGAGACUCGAGAGCAUUGUACGGCUGAACUGAGUAUUAGACUUGAUAAAGAUCGCGGAAUAUGGUUUGUGGACAACUUUCUGGAUGACCAUAACCACACCUUAACAAGUCCUGAUGGAACUCAGCAUCUUAGAUCACAUAGGACAAUGAAGGACUACCAGAAGUCAGAAAUAAUGAUGUAUGAAUCGAAGGGCAUCCGUAAGCAUCGGAUCAUGGAUGUCUUUGAGUGCACUCAUGGAGAUAAAGUUGGUUUCAUCAAGAAGGACAUAUACAAUUUCUUGUCUAGGUACAAGAGGUCGAGAAUUGAGGAUGGUGAUGCAAAUGCUACACUAAAGGUCUUGAAGGAUAGACGGGAUAAGGAUCCAGAAUUUUUUUUUGAUUACGAAGUUGACAGUGAAGGCCGUCUAAAAACCCUGUUUUGGUGUGAUGGGCAGUCCCGGAUGGAUUACCAAUCAUUUGGUGAUGUUGUCGUAUUUGACAGUACUUACCGGAUGAACAGGUACAAGAUGCCUUUUGUUCCAUUUGUGGGACUGAACCACCAUCGCCAGACCGUUGUAUUUGGAUGUGGCAUUGUGUCAGAUGAGAAGGUAAGCACAUAUAAGUGGUUGCUUCGCACCUUUUUGAGGGCAAUGUGCCAGAAAAAACCAACGUCUAUUAUUACAGACAGUGACAAUGCAAUGAUAAAAGCAAUCCGUCAGAUACUUCCUGGAACAGAUCAUCGUGUGUGUUCGUGGCACAUUGAGAAGAAUAUGAAGAAACAUCUUCACUUCUCAUACCUCAGGUUAUUUAGGUCAUUUAUAUAUGAGGUUUGCUCACCUGAUGUCUUUGAGGAGAAGUGGAGAGCUUUCGUUCAGAAGUACCGAACAAACAGGAACAAGGAGUGGCUGAACAGAAUGUACAAAAAGAGGAGGUUGUGGGCUGCCGCGUUUUUAUGCGGCAAGUAUUUCAUGGGCAUGAGAACUAACCAGCGAAGUGAGAGUUUAAAUUCACGGCUGCACGUGCAUCUUGAUGGUUUCAUGUCGUUGUAUGAUUUGGUACAACACUAUGAGGUUUGUGUUUCGGAGAUGCGCCGUAGAGAGUCAGAGUUGGAUACUAUAGCAUCACAAUCGUGGCCUGUAGCUGUUACAGAUUGCCGCGAAAUUGAAAAGGCUGCUGCACAUGUCUUCACGUUUGCAAAUUUUGAGUUAGUUCAAGAACAGCUACAUAUGGUAAGCAUGUUUGAUGUUGGUGAGGUGAUUUUGGAUGGCAACCGUACAAGGUACAGGUUGAUUUCAAACGUCAUACCUGGGCGAGAGUUCUCUGUUGACUACACCUGUCUUGGAUCUGAUUCUGACAUCAAAUGCAACUGCCGAAAGAUUGAGCGUGAUGGCAUACCUUGCAAGCAUAUUUUUCUUGUGUUAAAGCAUGCUGGGAUGACGGAGAUACCCAAGGGUUGUGUGUUGCAGCGUGUGUCGAAAAAUGCGAAAGCUGGCCUUCCUUCAGUUAGAAAAAGUGACUUGCAUGUUUGGACAAAGAAGCAAUCACGCUAUCAUGAGUUGAGAUCACUAGGGUCUGAGCUAUUUGACUUGGCAUCCGGUAGUGAUGAUGCAUUUGUGGAGGUGAAGGACUAUCUUGUUGGUCAGAUUUCGAGACAUAAAAGUUCUUCCAAACCAGCCAAUGAUGCCCCAGCGCAUGCUGGUGAAGGCAGUCGAAGUGAAGCUGCUCCCAAGACUCGAGGUUCGGUCCUAGAUCCCAAAUGUGUAGUCACCAAGGGUGCACCUAAAGGGAGAAUUAAGUCAUUUGAUGAACCACCAAAACCGAGACUAUGCAGUGGAUGCCGCGAACCUGGCCAUGACAUUCGUAAGUGUCCUGAGGCACAACCAAAGUAAUUGUAUAGCUUCUAUGGAUUCAGCGUUGAAGUGGCUUUAGCAUAAACUUGCAGGUACUGUCAUGAAUGUCUAAGGACAAAGUUAAGCAACCCUUGGCCCCAGCUAGAAGGUCGCUGAAAUCUUUGUGAUUUUUCCGGUGACUGUCAUCUUUUUUCCAGGCCAUGCACAAGACUGACUUAUUGACAGUGAGUUGCAGUGGGCUACGGGACAGCGAAUGAUUCACGGCCUAGAAGGACAUGAAUCUCACGCCCCACAAUCUGUACACUGGAAAGAGCAGCUACCGUGAGGAUCUGCGUAUAUUUUGAGGAUCUGUGUUGUUAUGUAAAUCUAUUUGCUGCGAAAUUGCGGAUGAUUCUCUUUGAUUCUGAAAUAUCAACCAAACAUAUACAGCUAUGUUUUCAGUUC